AAUCGUCGUUGGAGAAAAUGGAGGGGGAGAAGCGACCGGCGCCCUACGAGGGCCUGUUUGCGGACGGGCAUCUGGUGCUGUGGACGCUGUGUUCGGUGCUGCUGCCCGUGUUCAUCACCUUCUGGUGCAGCCUCCAGCGGUCUCGCCGGCAGCUGCACCGCAGGGACAUCUUCCGCAAGAGCAAGCACGGGUGGCGCGACACGGACCUGUUCAGCCAGCCCACCUACUGCUGCGUGUGCGGCCAGCACAUUCUGCAGGGCGCCUUCUGCGACUGCUGCGGCCUGCGCGUGGAUGAGGGCUGCCUCAAGAAGGCGGACAAGCGCUUCCAGUGCAAAGAGAUCAUGCUCAAGAACGACGGCAGGGCCGUGGACGCCAUGCCCCACCACUGGAUCCGGGGCAACGUGCCCCUGUGCAGCUACUGUGUGGCUUGCAAGCAGCAGUGCGGCAACCAGCCCAAGCUGUGUGAUUACAGGUGCAUUUGGUGUCAGAAAACAGUUCAUGAUGAGUGCAUGAAAAAUAGCUUAAAGAACGAAAAGUGUGAUUUCGGAGAAUUCAAAAACCUCAUCAUUCCCCCAAGUUACUUAACCUCUAUUAAUCAGAUGCGUAAAGACAAGAAAACAGAUUAUGCCUUGCUAGCCUCUAAGCUUGGAAAGGAAUGGACUCCAUUAAUAAUCCUGGCCAAUUCCCGAAGUGGAACUAACAUGGGAGAAGGACUACUGGGUGAAUUUAAGAUCCUCCUAAAUCCAGUCCAGGUUUUUGAUGUAACUAAAACUCCCCCUGCCAAAGCCUUGCAACUUUGUACUCUGCUUCCCUAUUACUCAGCUCGAGUGCUUGUUUGUGGAGGGGAUGGGACUGUGGGCUGGGUCCUGGAUGCAGUUGAUGAAAUGAAAAUUAAGGGACAAGAAAAGUACAUUCCACAAGUUGCUGUGUUGCCUCUGGGAACUGGCAAUGAUCUGUCCAAUACCCUAGGUUGGGGUACAGGUUAUGCUGGAGAAAUCCCAGUCGCGCAAGUCUUGAGAAAUGUGAUGGAAGCAGAUGCAAUUAAACUAGAUAGAUGGAAAGUUCAAGUAACAAAUAAAGGCUACUAUAACUUAAGAAAACCCAAGGAAUUCACAAUGAACAACUACUUUUCUGUUGGACCUGAUGCUCUCAUGGCUCUCAAUUUUCACGCUCAUCGUGAGAAGGCACCAUCUCUGUUUUCUAGCAGAAUUCUUAAUAAGGCUGUUUACUUAUUCUAUGGAACCAAAGAUUGUUUGGUGCAAGAAUGUAAAGAUUUGAAUAAAAAAGUCGAGCUAGAACUGGAUGGUGAGCGCGUAGAAUUGCCUAACUUGGAAGGUAUCAUAGUUCUGAACAUUGGCUACUGGGGCGGUGGCUGCAGACUGUGGGAAGGGAUGGGAGAUGAGACGUACCCUCUGGCCCGGCAUGAUGAUGGUUUACUAGAAGUCGUAGGCGUAUAUGGAUCUUUCCACUGUGCCCAAAUUCAAGUAAAAUUGGCCAAUCCUUUCCGAAUAGGACAAGCGCAUACAGUGCGGCUGAUUUUGAAGUGCUCACUGAUGCCAAUGCAGGUGGAUGGGGAGCCGUGGGCCCAAGGGCCCUGCACUGUCACCAUAACCCAUAAGACACACGCACUGAUGUUAUAUUUCUCUGGAGAACAAACGGACGAUGACAUCUCUAGUACUUCAGAUCAAGAGGACUUAAAGGAAACUGAUGGAUGAAGAAAUGAAAACUUACGAUAGAAUUCUCACUAACAAGUAGUCAUAUUCAUUCAAAAGUAGAAAUUCUCAGUCUUUAAUCUUAAGUUGGCCAGUAAUAUAUGAGUGUGCAUUCAUGUAAAUAGCAUUCCCACAACAGCCAAACUUCCAGUUGUUUAGAAAUGUCUGUUCUUUUUUCAGCAAAACUCUGUCGUCAUAUAGGACUAACCUUUAAAGUGUUACUUGUAGGUGAAGUCGUUUCCCUGGCUUUGGGAGUGUACAUCUCUCUGAAGUAUGCAUCUCACUCCUUGCUCUCGAACCAGGCAUUUGAUAGACACAUCAUACAUCUACAAGGUGAGGUGGAGGGUCAGUUCCAUCUUCAUUUUUAACAUGGUGACACCACAACAUUUAAAGGCUGAACUCACUCCUUUGAAAGAGCCCAGCAUGGCCAGCUGGGCGCCCGCCUGUGGCUGCCUCCUGAGAGCUCCUGCAGCCCAGCUCUGAGUCCACUCAUAAGUGUCUGUUCCAAGAAGCCCUAACAAGAGAAAUGUAAAAAAAAAAAAAACCAUCAAGAUUUUUAAAUUUUUAUUUUUGGAGCAUUUUUAGACCUCCAAAUGUUGUUUGGUUUACUGUGUUCAUGAUAGUCAGCAUCUUGUGCCUGACCUACCAAUCACCCUAGGAGAACACAGAGGCGAGCUGGUAAAAACCAGUAUUCAGAGCACUGAAGAAAAUGUACCCGUCAGAUGACUAGUUUCCUCAUCACUAAUUCACCAGAUUAAUUGCUUAAAAAAGAUGAGUACUGAUUGAUGACAUUUAAAACUUUAGUGGUCUGGCAUAAUACAGAACUACUUCACAAAAUUUCCCCUGAGGGAAAGGGAAGCGACUCCUCUGCUAAAAUGUUUAUAUCGUAUUUAUUUUAAAAUGAGAUAUAUAUUUUUUUUACUUAUUUAUUAUCUUUAUUGUGGUAAACCUGUGUUUACAGUUUGCAGUGUAUGGUUUUAUUUAAUAAGUCAAAUGGAUCAUAGAUACUCUGUGAGUCAAAAUCAGCUAGAAAUGAAACCCACUGGCUGCAGAUUAAAACCCAUAGUAAUUCUGACAGAUGUAUUAUCCAAAUGUAGUCACUUCUUCAGAAAUACUCAAUAUAUUUUUAAAGAGGCAUGAAGUAUUUUUACAAAGAGAGGGAGUGAAAGCACUGGCAAACUUCUAGAAGAAUCGCCUCCUUGUAGCUGUCCCUCAAUUGCCAAAAACUUACUGAAAGGCUAGUCUCAUCAUUCCCCACUAGAGGGUGCUCUACUGUCGUUAGCCAUGACUCCAUCAGGUCCUGUGGACAGGCUGACCCGUGGGGUUGAUAUCCAACCUGUGUUUUUUCUGACCAGUGGUCCCUUUGUGGCCCUGGUGGUCUGUCAGAAGGUAAAUCCCUGAAGGACUUGAAUGUAUUCCCCAAAACAUCAUUAGCUCCCCAUAACAUCUAUUAUAAAUCUGUAAUUCACAAAUUGCCAUAAAUACUGAUUUUAUUCACCUUCAGACUCAAAUCUUGUUUUGAGGAACAACUCAGUAAUUUAUACAGUAGUCAGUACAUUAUAAAAAAUAUAUCUAUUUUGCUUCAGUUCUUCUAGAUCUCACCGGAAAUGCCAGUUCUAGGACUGAAAGAGUCUGUGGACAGACCUGUUCCAUGUCUUUUCCUUACUCAGCUCACCUGUCACAGGCAGUGCUCUGUGCGCUGGGGGAGUUGCAUAGGUGUCUUCUGGGGUGGAUCAUGUUUUGAAGAUAAUGAGUUUAAUUCCUUAAUUAAUAGUUAAAAUUGUUACAUAUACCACAUUUUAUAAAUAUAUUGUUAAACUCGCCUUGUUUUAGGCCAUAUUUUAUCUAAUUCAUUGUGCUGAUUAUAGAAUCAAAGUAAGUAGUUAAUAUCAGAAUAAUCAAAAAUCUAUAUAUUUGCUUUUUUUUAAAUUGUUGAGACUAGCCUAAGCAUAAGGUUACUUUGGAUUAAAAAACAGAUUUAUAUUCAGUACCCUCAUUUACUUAAAUUUUUUUGUAGGUAAAUUUUUUUCCCUACUGACCCUUAGUGAGGUUUUUCUGUGCCUAUUCACUCUUUAUACUUUAUUUUUACUUAGGAAAGUCACUUCAGAAUACUAUCAUCAUAAAACAUUUCUUAUUUUAACAAAAUUCACCUUUUGAGGCACAUUUACCCAGCACUUCAAAUAAGUGUAUAGGCAUGUGACUUGUUUCAAGUAAGUUCAAUUUAUAAGACAUGUUUGCAAGUUUUAUGUUAGAAUAUCAUCUGGUUAUAUUUAUAAGGAUUCUACACUUUAAAAAAACAUAACUUGCUACAAGAUUUUCUUAUUCCAUUCUGAAUUGUCUUGAUUUAAAAAUAAAUUCUGCAUUCUCAGGAAGAUAUACAUGAGGUAUCUCCGUGUCUGUUUCAGAUUUCAGAUUUCAGAAGUAUAUCCUGUCCUAAUAUAUUCCUAACUCCAUGUAAACUUAGUGGCUUAACUACUGAAUACCUGGCAGCUCUCUCAAAUCCCAUAAAAAGAUGUUAAUACCUUUCAGUGCUUUUAUUGUAUUUAAUAGAAAUCAAACUGACUUGUGUUUUAGAAUACAGGUUAUCUGGUAAGAUUACAUGAUCUUAAAUGUGUUUUAGGUUUUUUGCAACAAUUAGCUGUGAACUCUUAAUAUAGCUAAUGUUUAUAAAAAUUUGAUAGUCAGAAUUAUUUAUUUUUAUUUUUCAGGGUGUCUCAAAAAGUGUAGUAUUUGCUUUUUUGAAAUACAUUUGCCUACCUAGAACUAUAAAAUAUACUGUGAUUCAGAAAUGGUAGUCUGUUGUGCUGUAAAAAUGAACACUACCAGCAUGUCAAAAGAAAAGUAGUUUGCAUUUGUAAUAUAAAGUAAAAUUGUAUUUACUGUAUAUUAUGGAAUUUUAAAUUUGCACUAACUAGAAAACUAUAAUUGGUAUAUUAAUUUGCAUAUUCAUGUCGAUCCGAAUACAUACUUUGUACUUGUUCACCUGAAAA